CGCCCUGGGCUCUGAAAACACGCGGGGUGCUCUCGCCUCGCCCUCUUCAGUCGGGCCCCCGCUUCCCAGGUCCCGGCAGGUGGGCGAGGCUGGGGGGCGGCCUGGCUCCCGUCGGGGUGCGCCGCCGACCCCAGAGCUCCGCCGCGGCCCCGCGCCCCCGCCUCCUCCGAAGAAACCGAGCUGAAGUGCUAAGUUUGAAGAAAGUCUUUGAAACUCACGCCGCAGCCGAGCAGAGUCCUCGUGGCCCGGGAGUCCCGGCUGUUUCCCUUUCAUCCCCUUCCCUGCAAACUGGGUUCCCCAGCGCAGGCCGCGGGUCCCCAAGGACAGGAGCGGGAGGCUUGUUUGGCUCCAACUUCUUACCCUGCAACUCCCUAGCGCGGCUCCCAGGCCUGCGUGGAGUUACCAAAAAGCUCGGUGAAGCGACAGGUCCUCUAGGGCCCUGGUCCACGCCGCUUCCUGACCCCCGAGAGCGGUGCCUCCGGUUCGGGGCAACUGGGGGAGCCAAGCUUCGACCCUCCAGCCCGGGUCAGCGCGAGCGACGCCGCCGAGGCCUAGUUCUCGGGCGCGGAUAGGGUGCUGGGACCGCGGGCUCAGCUAGUAGGGUAGGCAGGGAGCGCACGGGACCUGCUGCCCUCAAACCUCCCAAAUCUGCCAGACCCUUUGGGCCACAGUCCCCGCCCGGACCCCACUGUCCACACCAGGACCCGGUAGAAAGAAGGACCGCUUGAGCUGGUGAAGAAAGGCCUGCGGCUCCGACGAGGCACCCCUAACCUGGGCCGUGUCUCAGACCCGCCGAGGCUACAGUGGCCCCUUCUGCGUCUUCUGGCCGGCUGUGGGGGACCUGGUCUCGCUUCCUAAAACAUUUCAAACAGAAUGAAACAGCCCCUCAUCUUCUGGGCGCCUGCAGCGGGGCCCAGUGCACAUUUGCUGUGCCGUGUAGGGCCGGCUCUCCCCGGCUAGAAUUUUGCCUACACUUGGGACUUCGCACACGCCGCGGUUGACUCUGACCUCCCAGCGUAGUCCAGCUUUUAACUUCUCCUCACUCCUAGCGAUGCCCUACGAGUCUUUGGCCCAUUCCAGGCACGAAAAGAGGUGACGCCGAUCCAGAAAAGUUUGUUUUUUUGAGGAAGUCUUGGUCUUUGGACUAAGGCCUAGUAGAGCCGAAUUGACCGCCCCGCGCAGUCCACAGCCUGUGUCCCCUCCCCACCCCGUGGCUCCUUGCCUCUGACAAGACCAGGAAGCCGAGAUGGCUGCGAAUGACUCUUUCCUUGUGUCUCCUGUCUCCACAGGCCGAGCCCCAAGACCCAACAGAGCUUGAAGGACUGCGCGGUGGUAGCCCCGCAUUGCGCCUGGCCCCCUGGAUCCGUCGGGGCGCCUUCACCCGGCUGUUAGCAUGAUGUCUUACCUCAAACAACCCCCAUAUGGCAUGAACGGGCUGGGCCUGGCCGGGCCCGCCAUGGACCUCCUGCACCCCUCCGUGGGCUAUCCGGCCACUCCGCGGAAGCAGCGGCGGGAGCGCACCACUUUCACGCGCUCGCAGCUGGACGUGCUCGAGGCGCUCUUCGCCAAGACUCGCUACCCUGACAUUUUCAUGCGCGAGGAGGUGGCGCUCAAGAUCAACCUGCCGGAGUCCAGAGUCCAGGUCUGGUUCAAGAACCGUCGCGCCAAAUGCCGCCAGCAGCAGCAGAGCGGGAGCGGGACAAAAAAGAACCCCGCCAAGAAGAAUUUCCCGGUCCGAGCCGGGCCCGAAAGCAGCGGCCAGUCACCCCCCCCCUUCCAAUCCGCCUCGUCCUCGAACUCCGCUUCCAGCGCUUCCGCCAACCCGACGGCCGUGGCGGCCGCAGGCCUGGGCGGGAACCCGGCGGUGGCAGCGCCGUCGUCCUUGAGUACGCCUGCCGCCUCGUCCAUCUGGAGUCCGGCCUCCAUCUCUCCGGGCUCCGCACCUGCGUCGGUGUCGGUGCCCGAGCCCUUGGCCGCACCUAGCAACGCGUCGUGUAUGCAGCGCUCGGUAGCCGCCGGCGCGGCCUCGGCUCACUCGCACCACCACCCGCACCAGCUCAGCCCCAUGGCAUCAUCCUCCAUGGCGGGCCACCAUCACCACCAUCCCCACGCACACCACCCCUUGAGCCAGUCCUCCGGCCACCACCACCACCACCAUCACCACCACCACCAGGGCUAUGGCAGCUCAGGGCUCGCCUUCAACUCUGCCGACUGCUUGGAUUACAAGGAGCCUGGCGCCACCGCCGCUUCCUCUGCUUGGAAACUCAACUUCAACUCGCCCGACUGUCUGGACUAUAAAGACCAAGCCUCGUGGCGGUUCCAGGUAUUGUGAGCCCAGGAGUGGGAGAGGAGGAAGAGAAACGAAACUACCUACGCUCCCUGUGGUCCCCGUCCUGUUGCUGCUGCUGCACCACCCGCCUUUGCCUCGGCUUCUCCAGAUCUGAUUUUCAUGCCCCUAAACGAUGCCCAUGGCCUGCACUGCCGCCCUCACCUUCGUGCCACUUGCUAGGGUAGGAGGUGCAAAUCCACCCACCCCCUGGACGAAGGGACCGGUGCUUUGGCUUGGCCCACAAGUUCUAUACGGGAGCGCUGUGUGCUCUCCCCCUUAACCCGACCGAACUCCCAAUUCACCCUCUCCCAGUCUUUCUGGACAAUUAGUAUGCACUUGCAGCCUUCGGAGGCCCUUGGCUCUGACUGGCUGUUUGAGCCCUACACUUUUAUUUAUUCUUCCUGGACACUGGAGUCACUAACUGGCAUGUGUUUGCCCAUUCGAGUGCACCCACACUCUACUCCCAAACACCCACCGCGUAUUCUUCCCGUGCAGGCUGCCGUCCCUUCAUCUGCCCUGGGCCCCGCUCCCCGCCUGCAGGCCCGAGCUCUCGGCUCUUCCUCCUCCCAGGACGCAGGAUGCGCUGGGGCCGGCCCCGGAGGAGGCGCCCCCCGCUUCUCACGCUCAGCCCCGCCCCGCGUAGACCAGGCUCACGCUUCCGCCUCAGCGGGAAUGCUGUACAUAGUCGGUCCGUUCCAAGGACCACUCACACUUUCUAGUGGCUGUUGGUUGAACUGAAGCAUAUCUCGUUUUAGCGCCCAGGAAAUAGAACUUUAAGAUAUAUACAACAUAUAUAUAUAUAUACAUAUACACAUCUAUAUAUAAAACAAAAGCAAAAAUAUUUCCCUCUGUCCCCCUGCUUCUCUUCCUCAAACGAUGGCGCUUUUCCUUUUUCAGUUGUUCAAAGCUGCCCUGCCCUCACACCUUUUCCCUGUUUGUAUUUAUUAAAGAGAACCGUUUGGGCGCUGGGGGUCGGAGGGCCCGGAGUGUGGAGGAAGCGGAAAAGUCAGGUUAGAGGGGAGGGGGCUGGGCUGGGGCGCAGGGCUGUGUCCUUCGGGGCUAAGCACAGGGUCGCAGUUCUGGUUUAGAGACCAAAAAAGAAAAAAAAAAGGAAAGAAAAACAUGUUAUGGGAAAACAAACAAACCCAGGUCCCAAACCCCAGUACCCGUUCCCGCCAGCUUCUCUCUCUAAGCCUCCCCUGUUUUGUCUAGUGAGUUCUUAGUGCACCUCGCGCUUCCAAAUAUGCGGACCGCCCGCGCCUGUGUAUCAAUUUUGGCUUUGGCCGUUUCGUCCAGUAGGUGGGAAAGUAAUUUGUAAAUUUAAUUUGUCCGAUGUGAAGACCACAAAUUACUUGUUGAAAUGUGAGGCAGCCCCCCACCCCGUUUAUCUACAUUACUUCCCGAAAAUAAAUGCAAAUUCAUGAGCGAA